CGGAGGAAGACCAGCAUCCAUCUCUACCACCUGGGGGACGUAGCAGCACCUGGGGACAUAGCAGCACCUGGGGACGUAGCAGUACCUGGGGAUGUAGCAGCACCUGGGACGCAGCAGCACCUGGGGACACAGCAGCACCUGGGGACGUAGCAGCACCUGGGGACGUAGCAGCACCUGGGGACGUAGCAGCACCUGGGGACGCAGCAGCACCUGGGGACGUAGCAGCACCUGGGGACGUAGCAGCACCUGGGGACGUAGCAGCACCUGGGGACGCAGCAGCACCUGGGGACGCAGCAGCACCUGGGGACGUAGCAGCACCUGGGGACGCAGCAGCACCUGGGGACGCAGCAGCACCUGGGGACGCAGCAGCACCUGGGGACGCAGCAGCACCUGGGGACGCAGCAGCACCUGGGGACGCAGCAGCACCUGGGGACGUAGCAUCACCUGGGGACGUAGCAGCACCUGGGGACACAGCAGCACCUGGGGACGGAGCAUCACCUGGGGACGCAGCAGCACCUGGGGACGCAGCAGCACCUGGGGACGCAGCAGCACCUGGGGACGUAGCAUCAACUGGGGACGUAGCAGCACCUGGGGACGCAGCAGCACCUGGGGACGUAGCAUCACCUGGGGACGCAGCAGCACCUGGAGACGCAGCAGCACCUGGGGACGUAGCAGCACCUGGAGACGCAGCAGCACCUGGGGACGUAGCAGCACCUGGGGACGUAGCAGCACCUGGGGACGCAGCAGCACCUGGGGACGCAGCAUCAUCCAGGGACGCAGCAUCAUCCAGGGGCGCAGCAUCACCUGGGGACGUAGCAUCACCUGGGGACGCAGCAUCUCCUCGGAACGCAGCAUCACCUGGGGACACAGCAUCACCUGGAGAGGCAUUGGCCAGCAUCACCACCGAUUACACUGCUCCACCAGAGGCCGACCCAACACCAGUAGUCAACCCGGAUCCGGACCCGGUAUAUCAAGAACCAGAGUCAUGGUUUCACUUUGGUUUCACUUUGACACAUUACGACGAAGAUUCACUAGACCAAGGGUACACAGACGAACUGCUUACCUGCUCGCAGAUUCAUACUCCACAACCCAAAGAACUCAGCAACGCCACUGGCCGUCUUGGAUGCACAGAUAUAGAAAAUAUAAUACUGAGUGAUGCUUUUGCUGACACUGUAAUGUUUGAGAGUAGCAACCGUAGAAAUCAAACUGAUGUAAAGAAAGUCUUCCAGUGGUUCAGGGAAGUCUUCUAG